AGUUUCUAAAUUUAGACGUGGUAUUGCACCAUAAGACAGCAAGCCGGUUGAGAAGUUCCAUAGUAGAUUGAAUGUGAGCAAAGAGGUGGGACAGAGACCGAGAGGACUGAAGAGCGCCACAGAAGGCAGCCACGCGCAGGUUAUCCAUCCUGGAAAGCGGUUUAUUCUCCGACACAUCAACGACGUCAACCAACGACUUCACCAAACUGGACACGUUUCUAAAGUCGGCUGACACCAUUUCAACGAUGCAGGGAGAGGAAAGUUCGGUGUUUGUCCCUACCGGCUCAGAGUUUGUACCCGAGACGCUGGAUGAGUUAGUGGACUGGCUGGAUCUCACAAACGAUUCAACCGGGAAAGCUAGCGAAAUCCAGCAUUUCCGUACGUUCGGUACAGAAGACAAGUGGCCUAUUUAACGAUGGGCCAGCUGAUGACUUGAAGUACAACUUGAAGCCGUCAGCGGAUGACCUAUUGAUGUCGAUCGACAAUGGUAACGAUGCAUUGAUGCUGGGCAGCUUUGACUCAGGGAUGCUAAGUUAUCUCGAUCCACUGGCAGAAGCCAGUCUUGAUAGUUUUGUGGAUCUUUCUACCUUCCUUGAAGAGGGUAAAACUGUUGAGCCAGUAGAUGGAGCUGCAGUAGAUAUUGACGCUCUAAUGGAAAAGACAAAACCUGUUGAGGUUGCUGUGGAAACUGCAGAGCCAUCUAUGAAGGGCAAUUUUGAAGAGGUUGAGGAAGUAGUAGAUGUAGUCGACAUGGAGGAAGAGGUUGUGGCUACAACCCCCGACCAUGACUAUGUCUGCAAGCGACCUCGGCUGUCUACUUCAUCCAAUGCAAGUGAGGAAGGGGGACACACCUACGCUGCUGCGUCGACAAGUCCCGUUCCACUUGUACGGAAGUAUCGUGAACGUCGCGACAAGAACAAUGUUGCUUCACGCAGAUCGCGUGAAAUCCGGAAAAGGAAAUUUGUUGACAUGGAAAGCCAAGCUGAUGAACUUGUUGUUGAGAACGAGAAACUCCAAUUGAAGAUUGUGGAGUUGGAAAAAUUAGCGAAAGAGAUGAAAACCAUUCUUGUUUCCAAGUUGUCAGGAAAGUAAACAUUGUCUUGAAGCUUUGUGCACGAUGCUUGUAAUGUCAUGAUGUCAUUUGACAGCUGGAUGCACAACUGACGUUGUUGCAGCUCAUUCAUAUAGAACAUUGUUUAUUUAUCAUUGAAUGCGGAAACAAAAGUGUUUCAAUGUAGGAUUUGUUGCUUGUUGAAGUUAUUUGAAAUCCAUACUACUAAAGGAAAUUGCCACUGCGUCUGUAUGGGCAGUUUGCAGUGGUAGGCUGAUCGGGACAACACUGGUCUGAAUUAAAUCUUACACAAAUUUACACAAUGUACCAAUUCAGAUUUGAAUAUUUAAGCAUUUUAAAAUGAUAUUAAUUGACAUUUAAAGAAAUGUAGUUAAAAAUAUGAUUGUUUCAAAUUAAGAGUUUGUCUUUAAAUUCAAAAGCAAAUCAGUCAGUAAAUAACAUUUGAUGGAAAUUGAACAAUAUAAUAUGUUUGGAACUUUACAUGAUUUUUGUAAGAAAUUUAGAUAUAAAUUUUAAGAGUCUUUUUAGACCAGGAGUUAUGAAAUGAAUUGAAGGUUACAUUUGAGGGGAUAUUCCUUUAGUAUUACUGGAUUUCUAUCAUGAUAGACUGAAUCGCCAUUGACUGAACAUAUGUUAAAUAAAGUCAUGUUGCUUGGAUGUUGGAAUUGAAAUAAGAAUGUACACCCCUUAAUCUCUUCAUAAGACUUUAUGUUGAUGGGGUGUCAUUGAAGGAAAAUGUACACCCCUUAAUCUCUUCAUAAGACUUUAUGUUGAUGGGGUGUCAUUGAAGGAAAAUGUACACCCCUUAAUCUCUUCAUAAGACUUUAUGUUGAUGGGGUGUCAUUGAAGGAAAAUGUACACCCCUUAAUCUCUUCAUAAGACUUUAUGUUGUUGGGGUGUCAUUCAGAUAAAAAAAACUGCCACAUAAUCUCUUUGAGAGUUUAUGAUGGUGGGGAUAGUAACUCUUAGGAGUUGUGUUGUUAAUUUAUAUGUCACACAUUGAUCAUGUUGACUUCGUUCAUGUACAAUAUUUCAUGUCCCGUGUAUCAGUGUGCCAAGUGGCACUACUGAAUCAUUUCAUAGACAAAAAGUACAUUGUGUACAAAUGCGAAACAAAAAAACUAAAACAGUUGAUACGGAAAAAAUAUUUUUCUCGAUGUGUUAUUAUGCCAAUAUGAUUAAUAAUUACAUGUCUUGUAUAGCUCCUCAACUCAUGUCACUGUUCAAUAUUGGCCAUAUGUACCUUGAAGGGUUCUGUUUUGAUACAGAAUGUAUCCAUGUGUAUGGAAUAAUGACAUGGCAAGUGUUAAAGUCAUGUGACUUUUAUCUAGGACAAUACUGAUACAUUGAUGAUGAUAUGAGGGAUUUAUCUAGAACCGAUUGAAGUCUGAUGUUCAGGUUAUGGCAAAUGGAGCAAAUGUCACUAAAAGUUCCCCCAAAGAAAUGCAAACUUUUCCAAUUCAUGUUAAAACUAUUGUGAUGGCUUGAUCAAAGUAACUUGUAUUUCUCUGAUAACAUGACCAGCGAAGAUGAAGAGACCCAUGCUUAAUAUUGCAUUAGAUGCAAUGUUAGACAGCAGUGAUAAAAUAAAUCUGAUAAAAGAACUUUAAAAAUCCCAAUUUUGAAAAAAUAGUAUUUUUCCCCCCAAUUUAGCUGACAUUGCCACUCAUUUUGGAUUCCUAGGUAAAUCCCUGAUCAUAUAGAGAGGAACUGUACAUUGAGGCCCUUACAUUAAGAGCCACAGAUCACUAAAUGUUCUGAUGCUGAAGAUACAUGCAUUAAGCUUACAGGCAUUUUGAAAGGAAAUUAAUCAGGGAUACACAUAGAGUAAAAGUUCAAUGUGGACUUGUGUGUUUAUGAUAGCUUUUAGUUUGAAUGAAGACGAGGAUGGAAACAAACUUAAUGAGAUGUGUGAGCUUUUGCAAGAUUGUGCAUCAGUUUGUUGAUAAUUUUUCCGUUUCAUUCUAUGUGGGGAGAGGGUGGGGUUAUUAGCGUCUGGAAGAGACAUUCCAGCCAACUGGGUAUUUGCAAGAGGCCUAUAAGUGAAAGGUGCCUUAGGAUCUGUUUGUUACAAUCAUGCUGUGAAGGACUAAAGAUUUAUGAUAUGGUUCCCAUAGAUCAUUUUACAUGUGAAUCUGUCUUUCAUUAUAUCAUUUGGAAAAGACAUGCAAUAUUGUUUUGUUCAUCAUGUGCUCUAUUUAUAUAUUUUCAAAGUGUAUGUUUAUUAUUGUGUACUGUUGAUUGACCAGAAGUCGCAGUUGGAUUCUGUUGACAAACCUUUUUUACUGGUGAAUAAACUUAAGAUAUUGUA